CUUAUAAUAGUGUGUAGUGUAGUAGUGGACUGUAGUGGAACUCUGGUUGUGACCCGGAUGUAACGGCGCUCUACCUCAGCACGUCUAAUCCUCUUAUCACCAACAGGGCUGCCAAGAUGGAUGUUGUCAACCAGUUGGUCGCAUCUGGGCAGUUUACAGUUGUCAAACAGCCAUUAGGAUUCAUUAAAGUCUUACAAUGGUUCUUUGCCAUCUUUGCAUUCGCCACCUGUGGUGGAUACUCAGGAGUGUUUCGUCUCAGUGUGGAGUGUAGUAAUCGCUCAGAAAGUAAUCUGAACAUCGAGGUUGAGUUUGGCUACCCGUUCAGAUUGCACCAGGUGUGGUUUGAUGCUCCAUCAUGUAAAGGGGAGGAGACUGAGCGUCUCUUCCUGGUGGGAGACAACUCUUCCUCGGCAGAGUUCUUCGUCACCAUUGGUGUCUUUUCCUUUCUUUACUCAAUGGCAGCCAUGUCCGUGUAUGUCUUCCUCCUGGAGAAAUACCGUGAGGGAAACAAAGGCGCUCAGGCCGAUUUUGUAGUGACAGCUGUUUUUACUUUUAUGUGGUUGGUAAGUUCAUCAGCUUGGGCCAAAGGUCUUUCAGAUGUCAAGAGGGCCACAGACCCCGAUGAGGUUAUCAAUCUCAUUCCUGCGUGUGACCGUGAGGAAAAUCACUGUAAAGAAAUACAUGAACCUGUGGUGUCUGGCCUAAACACAUCUGUGGCAUUUGGGUUCUGUAAUUUGGUGCUUUGGGCAGGAAACCUGUGGUUCAUAUUCAAGGAAACAGGCUGGCUUGCAGCCUUCUCUGGCACUUAUAUGGCAUCUGGAGAGAAGCAGCCAGCCCCAGACUCUAUCGGCCAGCAAGGUUAUGGGCAGGAAGGUUAUGGGCAAGACCCUUAUACUGGCUCUCAGGCCGGGUACCAGCCAGACUAUGGCCAGCAGGGUGGUGGUUACGAAGGCGGAGGCUACCACCAAGGAGUGUAUGGUCAGGCUGAGCCCACCUCUUAUUCCAAUGAGAUGUGAGCCCAGCAACAAGGGCAGAAACACUGAGCUGAUCACAUCAAGACGGUGAUGUCAUCAGCCAGCAUGGAAACGUUGUUAGCUUUGUUUCCACCUUCUUCAAUCUUUCUGUGUGAGCCGUUGGUUUAAAGGGAAGGGGUGAGGGCACACUUAAGGAGGGUUGUAAAAAACAUCAUAAUCAAAGGGGAAAUGCAUUGGACCCGGGAGGAACCGCGACCCUAAUUUCAAAAUGCUCUCUAUUACAUCAAGCUGGAGUUUACUCCUGUUUUGAUGACUAAAAACUUGAACAUGCUACCAAAAAUGAAUGAAAAUUAUAAUGUAAAUCUUACGUAAGAGGAACUGUUUGAAUGAAUUAUACAAAUAUUAAAUUGAAUGUUUUUGUCUGUUUGGUGUAAAUACAAAUUAUAUUUAAAUAGAUAUACAGUAUAGUUAAGGAAACUUAAUGUUGUUUUAUGUCUUUUUGUGACUUUACUUUUUAUUUAUUUUAGUGUUUUUUUAAUGUUUAACCCCCAUUAAGAGUGCUGAACUUAAAACAUCUUAAUGAACAAAAAAAAAAAUUAAUUCAUGUGAAACAUACUUUGUGUGAACCCAGAUGAUAAAUAUGGUUUAUUAGUUAUUUCAGUGAAAAUAAGUCUGAAAUAUAACAAAAAACUGGAAGUUAUUUAUGGUAGAGCAAGAAAUAACGGUUUAAUUAAGUUAAAUAGGAGGAUAUAUGACUUGCCCUCAAAUAUAUGUUUGGCAAUUUUUCCUUGUAAUGUGUACAAAUUAUGGAGAUAUAUUCCCUUUUACAUUUGUUUAAAACAGACCUUGCUCCGAACAUUUAUAAUAUUAAUAAAGCCUUCUUUAAAUUAAUAAAGCAUAAGGUAUUAAAGGCCAAAUGGGAAAAUAAUGAACAAUGAACACUCAGAAUAGGUUGUGUGGGUGCUUCAGUACUUCAUGUUUUUCUAGUGCUGUGAAACACCACAGCUGUUAUUCACAGAUGGGUUGUAAUUAAAUGUGACUCACCCAUUUAUAUUCUUUCUGUGUGUAUUGGCUUUUUGUUCCUGAUGAAAUUAAUGUUUCUGUUGUCUAUUUAUUCACAAUAAGGUCCAAAUGGUUUCUUUUCCCUCCCUCAUUACAUUGUCUGAUAAUGCACAAUAAAAUUAUGUUAGAAGAUGGCGAGUGGUGUUGACAA